UCACUCGCAAAGAUUCGACAAUGCAUAUUGACAUAGAAAACUCUCGUAGAUGACGUGUGUCACCGUGAAUCGUGGCCUUCCGUAUUGUUGCGGUCCCACCACGACGGCUCUUCAUCUCAUUUGAGGUGGGGCUACAACAAUUCAUCGAAGGCUUUGAUUUCGUGGGAGCGGCCACGAUUUGGAAUUGGAGUUUCGUUAGCAUUUCCCGGCUCACUCGGUCAGCGAUUAACCGUAAAACCCUAGCAAAAGCGUAGUGGAAGCUGGAAAAUGCUUUGAUUUCUCAGUCGCUCCAAAACCAAAAGUUUUUCUUUCUAGGUAUUUCGGUUAAAAUUUGAUCCACCGUCCGCCAUAGAAAGUGACAAUGGAACCUGCAGGCGAAGAAGAGGAACAAGAUGGUAUGUCCGUACACUCUCCAGGUCAAGCUCCACCUUCAUCAGCGUCUUCUCUCCCCAAGGAGCAAUCGCAGGUUGAAUUGGAACUGAGAUUGUUGGAAGCUCUUGAAAUAUAUCCUCCCGCCAAAUUACAAGGUAUACACCGCCAUUUUGUACUUUAUGGUCUGAUGGAAUUUCUAAGAAGAAGUUUUGAUCGACAUUUCUCACCUGAUGAGGUUCUGCAGCUUCUGGAUCGGUUCUAUAACUUGGAUAUGUUGAAACCAGACAACGAGGAGAGAGAGAUUUUGAACCAAGAGGAAGAUUUUUCUUUACCUCAGAGCUUUUUUGUCAAGGAAGAAUCAUAAGUAUACUAUUCCAACUGCUGUUUGUACAUUCUAUUCUAAUGGUGGUUAUAGACAUUUCCUUGGUAAUGUUAUUGCCAUUAUGGUAAUACUGGAUUGAUGGUCAAUUUGAGAAGAUUUUAUACAACUUUUUUGAAUUAAAGAAUAAAUAGUUUCAAAGAAGGAUUCCCCAUGUACGUGAACUUUUUGUUAUAUUAUACUUUUGACCAUGUUAUGGUUAUUGAUCUUGUUGAGAGUUAGAAUUGCAAAA